UUCUGUCACAUCACUCACCUCUAGUUCUGUCCUUCCCUUCCCCUCACCCUUCACAUUGUUCUUAAAACUAUUAAAAUAAAAAUAUCCACCGUCAUUUUACACAAAAUAAUAAUCUAGCGCGUAGUAAUAAAAUUCACAGUAUUCAUCAUGAACUCAUUAUUCCGCCCUACAAUCUGCAACAGAAUUUCCAUCAUAGCCCCAGCUUUUAGGUCCAUAGCAACAUCACAGCCAAACCAUGGCUCAUUCAAGGUUCAGGAUGACAAGGACUUUUUGGAAAAAGUUGAAAAUAGCAAAGAUACAAUUAUCGUAGAUUUUUUCGCCAACUGGUGCGGCCCCUGCAAAGCCCUGGAACCAAGGCUGCAGAACAUAAUUGCUCAAAGAAAGGGGCAGAUAUCUCUUGCCAAAGUCGAUAUAGAUGAUUUGGGAGAAUUAGCAGCCAAAUACCAGGUGAGCACAAUACCAGCCCUAGUAGUUUUUGAAAAUGGAAAAGUCAAAGAGAGGCUGGUUGGAUUACAAGAUGAAGACAAACUCAAUCUAUGGAUAGAUAGUAUCUUGAAGAAAUAAGAUGUCAUCUGUACUUGAAAUGAAGUAAAAAAUAAGUGAUAUUUAUGAUAUUGACCCAAAUAAAUUUAUGAUUGAUGAA